CUGCGAAUUAACCAAAACCCUUUUGAUCUCUGUGAUCAUCUCCAACUCCUCACCAGGGAGAAGGGUUUCUCCUCUUUCCCCUUUCUCCCUAUAAAGUUAUCAUCUGCUUCAACAAAAUAAAAAAGAAAAAGAAAAAAGAAGAGAUAAGAAAGAGGAAACGAGAAACCUUCCCCCGCUCUCAUUCCCGCGGGGCUACUAGCUCCUCCCCACCGUUGUUAAUUUGCUUCUUCGAUCAAUUCUCAAAUUGAUACCACUCCUUUGUUCCAAACAAGAAAUAUAACACAAUUUUAACAUUGUUUGAAUUCGAAAUGGUUCGAGCCUUUGAUCGAAACCAUGGCAUUCAGAAGUCAAAAUCUUUUCACUUCAAAAGGAUGUUUGAGAUCCCCGAAAGGCAAGCGCAGAGUCUUGUGUUUUACGGUUCGGAUAACGAAGGGGCCGAGGAUGAUGCAGGGCAAUCGAAAGCUAGCCCCUUCUCAGAUAUCCAGCAAAUGCCAAGCUCGCUUAAUCGGUCACAGGACAAGAGUCCCGUUUCGCGCUUGACCGAUAUUGGGACGGGGGUGGCUGCGGUGAGCCCCCUUGCCAAGCCUCCCGCAGGUUCAGAUGUGGAACAAUUGAAGGAAAGAUUUGCUAAGUUGCUUUUGGGGGAGGACAUGUCGGGUGGCGGAAAGGGUGUUUCUUCAGCUUUAGCUUUGUCAAAUGCCAUUACAAAUCUCGCCGCUUCUGUUUUUGGAGAACAAUGGAAGCUAGAGCCGAUGUCUGUAGAGAGGAAAGCAAGAUGGAGAAAAGAAAUCGGUUGGCUUUUAUCUGUAACUGAUCACAUUGUCGAAUUUGUUGCCUCUCAGCAGAAAUCCAGUGAUGGAAAAGAUGUAGAGGUAAUGGUAACGCGGCAAAGAAAUGAUUUGCACAUGAACAUUCCCGCCUUGCGCAAGCUUGAUGCCAUGCUAAUUGACUACUUGGAUAACUUCAGAGACCAGAAUGAAUUCUGGUACGCUUCCAGAGACGAUAAGGAGUCUGAGGAAGGUGGCAACCAAAGAAAGGACGACAAGUGGUGGCUACCCACUGUCAAGGUUCCCCCAGAUGGCCUAUCGGAUAUGUCACGCAAAUGGCUACUCUUUCAGAAGGAAUCUGUCAACCAAGUACUAAAAGCAGCAAUGGCCAUAAAUGCCCAAGUGUUAUUGGAGAUGGAAAUCCCCGAAAGCUACAUCGAAUCCCUCCCCAAGAAUGGCAAAACAAGCCUUGGUGACUCGAUCUAUAAGAACAUUACGGUUGAGUUUUUUGACCCCGAGCAAUUCCUCUCGACCAUGGACAUGUCAACGGAGCACAAAGUGCUUGACCUCAAGAACAGGAUCGAAGCAUCUAUCGUUAUUUGGAAGAGGAAAAUGCACAAUAAGGAUGGAAAGUCUGCUUGGGGAUCGGCAAUAAGCCUGGAGAAGAGGGAACUUUUCGAAGAGAGAGCAGAGACCAUCUUGCUCCUCAUCAAACAGCGGUUCCCAGGACUUCCUCAAUCUGCACUCGACAUAUCGAAGAUCCAAUAUAACCGGGAUGUUGGGCAGUCCAUUCUAGAGAGCUAUUCAAGGAUCAUAGAAAGCUUAGCCUUCACAGUAAUGUCUCGAAUUGAAGAUGUCCUUUAUGCUGACUCUCUCACUCAAAACCCCUCACAAACAGAACUUGAAAAAAAAAAUUUCAUGGAUUCCACACCGUUGACGGGGUCACCGAAGUUCCCAAACCCUGAGGAAGAGACAGAGAGGCUGAGUUCUGUAGACACACCAACUUCAAUGACACUAUCAGAUUACAUGGGGUGGCAACUGGACCAAAAAGAGGCUGACUUAAAGAAGAACAAAUCAGUGGGCAAUUUAGAGGAGCUGUUGAAAGAUGAGCAUGGAAAGCUCAUGACCAAAGCCGCCAAUAUUGUGACCAACUUGAAAGUUUCAUACUUAGAUAAGCUUGAUCACUUAGGUUGCCCAAGAAGUCCAACAUCGCGACAUUAACAGUAGCAGCCAUAGAAGGAAAAAAGAAAAGAAGGAAAAAUAUAAUAGACAAUGAGACAAGUGUAGAUGAGACAGCACAUGCACAUCAAAAUGUAAAUAUUUUCAGAAUCAAGUUAUUUUACUGGUUGUGUAUUCAUCUUGUUCUUCCAUCCACAUGUGGAUAGAGAAGUAUGAGUGUGUCUAACCAGUGUGUGAAGUCCAGAAGAAAACUGCUCUCUGGCUUUGUAUUCUUGUAGCUACUGUAAUGUGUUUAUACCGACUU